AUGCCUCCUUCGUUUACAGACAUUGGUAAAUCUGCCCGCGAUCUCCUCCGAAAGAACUUUGAUCUUGGAAUUCGUUUCUUCUCCUUUAAGGGUAAAAAUGAUAACCUUGAGUUCCUUGGUCGAGUUGAUAAUGCAUUCCGAGUCGGAAAGUUGUUGGGAACAUUCGAGUCAGAGUACAAUCUGAAGGAGUAUGGUCUAACACUCAAGGAGAAGUGGUCUUCAAAGGGCCUCAUGUCUGCUGAUGUAUCUGUCGAUGGUCAAAUCAUGGAUGGCCUUUGCAAUACCCUAAAAACUGAGUACAACAUGGAGUCGGGAUACAAUCGUGUUUCUCUCAAAUCGGUGUACAAGAAAGAAUACAUCAAUGGGCAGGUGGAUUUCCAAUUUCGAAGUCCCCUACCGGAUGUAGUACAAUCAUUGGUUGUUGGACAUCAAGACUAUUUGGUCGGUGCUGACCUGCAUUAUGACGCCUUCCAGAAGGAAUUGAGACGCGUUGAUUUCGCGUUCGCCUACUCCGUGAAAGAUUUUGGUUUCCAUGGAAUUGUUACAAACUGGGCACGCACCUUUACUACUGGGGUAUAUCAGCGGCUCACUGAUCGACUCGAAUACGCUGCUGAAGUCACGUGGAACCGUGAUGUUCCGGCUCACAACUGGGCCAUAGCCUGUCAGUUCGCAACCGACUCGGACCAAAAGCACAUCCUCAAGGUUAAAUUGGACAGCCUACAGCGUAUCUCCGUCUCCUUAAAGAAUCGGAUUUAUGACGGAAUCACUACAGCCGUCUGUGCCAUGAUUAAUGAUGUCGAAGAAACCCAAAUUGGUUUUGGUGUUGAAAUUGAACGAUGA